CCUAGCCAAGGGGAUGUUUAGGUCCAAUUGAGACUUUCUCUGCUAAAAAGGAGUGUUAUCCCGAUUUUUCCGCGGUGUUUCCGGAGUGCUCACGUAGCCUAGUGGCAGUGGUGCGGUAGAAAUUCAAUAUUCUUUACAGUACACGAGGCUUCGUCGUUGUAGCCUCUGAAAUCCCGCAUUGGCUUCUCCUUGAAUCUUCCGCAUUCUGUGUUGUCGUGCCGCUCUCGUGUAUGUUUACGCCGCGAUCCUGUUUUUAGUGCUAAUGAAAGUGAGCUUGAAGUAAUGGUGAAUCCACGGCUUUUGCCAAGAGUUUUUCGCGAGAGUGAACAGAUUAUGAAAGAAUUUUGAUGGAUAAAAAGACGACUAGCGCAGCUUAGGCGACGAUUCAAUCUGAUAAGGAAAGGAUGCAGUCAAGUGAAAAUCAUAAAUUCUCAGAGACUCUGACGCUGUAAGAAAAUACCACUUGGUUGGAUGAGCUUACUACUUCAGCCGUAGAAAAUUUGAUCCAGUUUUAAUAAACGUAUAGCUACAGAGCAACAGCAGUGAAAAGCUCAGUAGCAAGUCGAAGCAAUCGAUGUGAGCAGCUAAUGAGCUUGGAACAACUGCUGAAGUCAAUACUAAUGUUGAUGUUAACAUGGUAUUUCAAAUCAUUCAUCAUCAUUCAGAUCCUACGCGAAUAAAUUUGUUUGACUAAAGGGAUUUACAUACGUACAUAUACGCCAAGUGGCAUCUAAAAUUGGAUUUAAGGUACACCCGACUGGAGCUCCAACACUUUAAAAAUAAUCGGCAGGCGAAACCGCCAUGAUGUCACACAAUAAAUUAAAACACUCAUAGCGACAGCCGAAACAUUUUCCUUCAUCUCCCACCGACUCAAACCUAGUGACACCAUUAUUUUCAACAAUAAUCAACAUCUUUCCUGUACAAAAAGUGGCCAUAAAAGCGGCUUUGGUAGCAGGUUUAGCAGCCAUAAUGACCGCGAGUGCUGUAACAUCAACAGCAGAAGCAUCAGCAAGUAGUCCCCUCCAGAGUGUAAUCCAACUCACUAGUGAAAAUAACAACAGCAAUUGGAAGAGGUCAUUUCAUCUCGAUUUAGCUCCAUCUCUCCCGCUCCCGUCCAGUAGAGAUGAAUAUUCAUCUAUUGGAAAUGAUCCUGAAUUGUCACGGUCUUCAGCAUCAUCUUUCCUACCACCUGCUCCCAUGUUCUCGUCAUGGUCACGGUUAUCCCAUUCCUCAUUGCAUUUCCUACGAGGAAACACUCUAGCUUCACUUUCUGCUAGUAAUGCCGGCGGUCCUUCCCCAGGCAGUGGCACAGCAAAGACAUCGUCUGCCACCAGCAACGGAGUAUUAACAACAGUACAAAGCACAUCAAAUUUGCAACGGAAUGCAGCAACAGCCGUGGAGUUGCAAGGUGCAUCUGCCACUACGUCAACAACAAUACCCUUACACUCCGCAAACAAAACUACAACUCCAGCGGCGACUGCAACUGCAGCAACCAUACUCACAUCUAGCAAACGACCAGUGAUAAUCAUUUAUCCUACGGUUUCACCAGAAUCAAUCGUAAUACCAAUUGUAUCGUGUAUAUUUGGAUUCCCACUUCUUGCUCUUUUAGUCAUCUGUUGUCUGCGAAGGCGCGCAAAAUUAGCACGGGAACGAGAACGACGACGUAACUAUGAUAUGCAGGACCAUGCCGUCAGCCUGGUCAGAUUUAGUCCUAUACAUAGACUCAAUAACCGAUCGUCGAGAGCUAUCAGCCUGCGCCCUGAGCGAAGCCUUAGCCGAGGUUUCCCAUCAUUAGAACUCGACACCGUGAUAGAAGAGCGCAGCGAUCCAGAACAAACCCAGACGGAUCUUCUAAGUCCUGAAUCACCUAUUGAUCCACACAAAUUCCGCGAAUUUCACUCCAGCUAGCAUUCAGUAUCACCUUCAGGUUCUGGCAGUUGUACUAGUAGUUGUGCUGGCAGCAUAGGCGGCUCGCAGUCACAAAUAAAGCGGAGCAUCAGCAGCGGUAGUAUAUAUAAGAAAAAAAGGAUUUUCUCCCAUCUUUCUAUCCCUGCACAACAACGUAACGGUCGCGGUCGUUACGAAUCAAUAACCUUCAUGAAUUUCAACCAAGCUAGAACCCUUACUCCGAAAUCUAACAUUAUGCUAAAAAAUAAUAGCGAACGUGACCUUAAAAUUAACCGAAAAUACUACACUAUUUCAGGUGAUAGCUCACCGUUAUGGACUACCUUAACCCAUGCCCAGACAAUCACUGAAUUCUUCGAUGAUAGCUGAUAAAUGUUACGCAUUUGUCAUUGAUCAUCUUAUUCAUAUGUAGCACAGAAUUUAUCUGUAUAAGAAAUUUUAUGUCGUAUUAGUAACAUUAUAUUAUUACAAGGAAUAUGAUCCGAAACCUGUCGACUUCGUUAAUUUAGUUUCUAGCGUUGAUUCUUGCUUACCUUACCGCCUAACUUAAGUGUUAAAAAAUACAUGUUUUGGAAAACGCUAACUGUAGUAUCGUUAUUCUUUCUAGGUCCACAUAUAAAAUCGAAUAAUAUCGCGGUUUCGCCAUUCGUUGAUUUUAGUUAAUAUAUAUUAGAUAUGCGAAAUUAACUUGUUAAAAAUAAAAUUACAAAGUAGGGUAAUAUUAGCUAAUGAAAGAAAAGAAAUAUUUCGCAUGUCGGACUCAAUAUAAGAAUAGUAUGUCAGAACAUUCAGAAAACCCUAUCUAAACCAGCGUUUCUGAAUAAAUACAAUAUUUUUCCUACGAAGGUAGGGAAGUAGGUCAAAUACUACUCCAGAAGUAACAAGCGCGGUACGCCCAGUGCCAUACCUUUUAAUGUGUAGAGUAUUCGAAAACUAUAAAUUCACUUGAGGCAGUACCUAACGCAAAAACAAGCUUAUUCAAGGUUUCAUGGUGUUAUAAACACCUUACAUAUUUCUUAGCCAUCCAUAUUUAGAAACUUCGUGAGAAUCACAGCUUUGCUUCCACAUGCUAUUUUUAAGCUAUCAUCAUUCAUAAUUUAAAUUUAGCAAAUUGGGACUCCAACUUCAACUUCAAUCAAAAUGCAAAUACACAGCAAUGACUAGAAAAAAAGAUAUUGCUCACCGAGGUAUUGCCUACUCUGUUUGGGUAGAACCUUGGCGGUCGAUAUAAAUUCCCGUCCUCUGAAAAUAAGUUUCGUUCUCUUAAGCAAGAAAACGAUGCAUUUAUUAAAAGUUCUAGAAUCCUUAAGUUUCACCCUCAAAUCAAAUAAAUUAUUAAUGAUAGCAAAGAAACUAUCUGCCACCUAAAUGAAACAAUUCUCAUUAGUUUGGACACCAAAGAACCAAUAUUUUAUCAGAAAGGAAGAGACAAACGUGACACUUUUUUUCCAAUCCAACUCUAAUAUUCAAAAUAGCAAUAAGAAAUUUCUUUACGUUAAGGCAGCGACUAAGACAAAUGUUUUCACUGUAGGACAAAAUGUAAUUCAACUACACUGCUAAAAUGAUUGUAUGCCGCAAAUAGCAUAAGAAGAGGAAUGAUGUCUGCUGUUUCCUCUACAAAUAUCAUUUGGAGCGUUUACGCAGUUGCUGUUCACUUUCUACAGUAUUUAAAUAUGCCCACGUAUGUUCAUAUUCGCUAAGCUCUCAUGAAAAAUAUAAAUCAGGUACCGAAUCACAACGGUCCCCAGCUCGCGUACACCAUGCUGUUAGCCAGCAUAAUAGUUGGAAAGUCCCAGACUGAUCAGGGCCCAAAGGAAUUUUAUUCUUUCAUAAAAACUUUAAACGCGGAGUUACGACAAUAAGUCUACAUAUUUGUACGAGUAAUAUAGUCUAUCCAAUGACAUCUCACUUCGAAUUAGGAUGCCUACCGCCAAUUCGACUACUUGAGCCGUCAAAGUUCGAACGACACCAACAAAGUUGUAUUUACAUUUUCUCGUGACUUACUAUAACUAGGCUAGCCAUUUGCAUUCGCUAAGACAACUUAUCCUAAUAGCAAAUUCUACAUACUCUUUAUAUGUUGCAUAUGUGUAUUGCGAGCAGCUGUCACAAACAAUAAGCUCUAAACAUGCUUUCGUUAUACAUAUAGAUAUUUAUAGUCUAUCUAUAUAUUAUUGAUUCAAUACAAACAUUAUCGGUUGAACGGUUACCUACAAGAAACUUCGCCUUAAGCCCAUUGAGCAAGGACUUCUCCUAGGUUAAACCAUUCAAUCUGCAAUUGAAAUAACUUUUAGUGAAUAAAUUCUUAGUCUUGAUAAAACUGAUACUUUAAGAUACUAAUCGGACCAGUUGUUUUUAUUGUAAUGACGGAUUAAAAUAAUACUUGUGUUGCAUACAUAAUUCUAUAUCUUGUAAGUAGAUAAGUAGAAGAUUUAUUCUGUUUCACCAUUCUAGAAAACCAUAAAUGUAAAGUGGAAAAUAUAUGAAACUAUAAAUUAAUAAAAUUAUUAGAAAA